GAUUGGAUGAUGGUCGGGAUGAAUCAGGUGAUCGUGUUUUGAAGAGCAGAGAAGAGAAUCAGAGGCGAUUCAAAACGCACGACACAACCUGUUUGUUUUAUGCGUAACAGUUUCAGUAUCAAUACUUGGUGACGGAAGAUGAAGAAUUGGUCGAAGGAGGGUUGGAGGUGGCUGUCAAAGAUUGCUGUUGAUUUUUCCGGAAACAAUGAAUGUAAUCCCGUGAUCGUAACUCGUGGAUUCGGAAGUGCGGUUAGCGUCGAUCCUCAUUAUCAGUUGACGAGGGAUUUCCUCGCAAAGCUUUGGGUUGAUGAUAAAAAAAUGAGAAACCUCAGAGGGAGGAAAUUAGGUAAACACGGUGACCCGAGGUGGUUUUCCGCUUCGUCUGGUGUCGCCAGGAGCGGUAAACGACGUGCCGUUUUGAAGCAACCCCCUAUCAGUCAAUCUGUCACUGACUUUUUCGAUCCACACUCUCCCCAAGAGGCCAAGGUAGCACCGCUGCUUGCCAGGUCCAACUUGCUAAUUACCAGAGAUAUCGAGUGGGCAAAUCUUGUAUUAGGAUUUGAACAGGAAAAUCGUUAUGCCAUUGUAGAUGCGUGCUACCCUCAGUCGCCUGUAGGUUUUAUUCGUGAACAGAGCAACGUCAUUACCAGACAGUUACUCCGUCUAAGGCGGCCUUUUGUUGCAUACAUAACUGAUGCCUUGGGGAAUGAGCUCUUUAGGGUUCGCAGACCCUUUUGGUGGAUAACAAGCUCAAUUUUUGCAGAAAUUGAUGGUAAGGAAGUUGGAGUAGUUCACAGGCGAUGGCAUCUCUGGAGGAGAAUCUACGAUUUGUACCUGGGGAAUAAGCAAUUUGCUGUGGUAGAGAAUCCUGGCUUAUGGAAUUGGACAUUCACAUUGAAAGAUAUUAAUGGUGAGGUGCUUGCUCAAAUAGAUCGUGAUUGGAGGGGUUUUGGCUUUGAGAUUUUGACUGAUGCUGGUCAGUAUGUGAUUCGAUUUGGGUGUUCUGAUCCCAGCUCCAAGAUUGGCCUUGCUUCUGCAAUUGAAGACCUGGAAGUCAAUCGCUCACUGACACUUGCGGAGAGAGCUGUAACCGUAGCUCUUGCUAUAUCACUAGAUAACGACUACUUCCAAGAGUCAAGACACGGAGGCUGGGGACUACCCUUCCUUGUUGCCGAAGAGUAAAAUUGAUUUGAUCUGGUUAUCUACUGCCAGCGUAGUCCCUGAAGGCAUUCUCUACCAAGUAAUUUUUAAAAUUGAAGGUGUUCUAAGCUAAUACCAAUGUUGACUCCGUUCCCAUACUCUUGAUAGCUGGUAGUGGAUCCAUUUAUUCAUGUAAUAAUUAAAAUUUUAACUGUUGAUUCCUUUUUAUCCUAUGUUAUUGCUUUUUUUAUU